GCCGCGCUUCCCGCAGGGCCUGCCGGGACUUUUAGUCCCGACCCCUCCCGCCCGUCCAUGGGUUCUAACGGGCGCACCCCGAGGGAGCAAACUACAACUCCCGACGUGCCCCGCGGCCGGGCGGGGGAGAGGCUGGCAGGGAGGCGGAGAAGGAGAAGAAAGCUACAACAUGGCGGCCACGGCCGCUCCAAAGCGCUGGGCGCUGUGAGGGGGGGCGGGGAGGAGCCCAGGAGCCAGCCCCCGGUUAGGGGAGGGGGGCCCCCGCCCCCCCUCGCCCUGACCCCGAAGUGGGGCCCACCGCGAUGGGGGUCCAGGGCUUCCAGGAGUUCGUGGAGAAGCGCUGCCCGGGCGCCGUGGUGCCCGUCGACCUGCUCAAGCUGGCCCGGGCGGCGGGGGUCCGCGGGGGGCCCCCCUACUGCGGCCUGGCCGGCUACCUCCAGCCGCUACCCGGGCCCUACCCCCCGCCUCUCACGGCCCACUCCCAGCAUGCUCCAGGGUUAGCGUCGGUAGCUCAUUCCCAGCAUGCUCCGGGGCUGGCGUCAGUAGCUCAUUCCCAGCAUGCUCCGGGGCUGGCGGCUCACUCCCAGCAUGCUCCGGGGCUGGCGGCUCACUCCCAGCAUGCUCCGGGGCUGACGACGGUGGCGGCCCACUCCCAGCAUGCUCUGGGGCUGGCGGCCCACUCCCAGCAUGCUCCGGGGCUGACGUCGGCCUGCCCGGCCCGGCUGCUGGUGGACGCGGACUCGGCCCUGCAGCGGCUGUAUGGCGGCUACCAGACGGACUGGGUGUGCGGCGGCCAGUGGAACGCCAUGGUGGGCUACCUGGCGGCCCUGUCCCAGGCCUGCCUCUACCAGGGCGGGCUGGAGCUGGCGGUCAUCUUCAAUGGCGGGCUGGGCAAGGAGCGGCUGCCCGAGUGGGGCCGCAAGGCCCAGGCCGAACGGCAGACGGCCCAGCUCAUCGCCGGCCACGUGGGCAACAAGGGCACGCCGCCCCCCCGCGCCUGGUUCCUGCCCCCCGCCUGCCUGGGGCACUGCGUCCGCCUGGCCAUGAUCCGCUUCCGGGUCAAGGUCUUCCAGAGCCUGGAGGACCAUCACCUGGAGGUGGUGUCCUUCUUCCGGGAGCGCGGCUUCCACGGGCUGCUGGCCCACGACUCGGAGUUCGCCCUGGCCAGCCUGCCCUGCUACUUCAGCGCCCACGCCCUGAAGCUGAGCUGGAACGGCAAGAGUCUCACCACCAAUCAGUUCCUCAUGCACCAGGUGGCCCAGCAGCUGGGCCUGAAGGUCUCCAGCUUCCCCGUCUUCGCCGCCCUGCUGGGUAACCACAUCCUCCCGGACGAGGACCUGGCUGCUUUCCACUGGAGCCUGCUGGGGCCAGACCACCCGCUGGCAUCGCUCAAGGUCCGAGCCCACCAGCUGGUGCUGCCCCCCUGCGACGUGGUGAUCAAGGCCGUCUCGGAGUACGUCAGCGCCAUCAAAGACCCCUGCGACCUGGAUGCCGUGGGGAGAGAUGUCUUCAAACACUCUCAGUCCAGGACGGAGGAUAAGAUUGAGCGCUUCAAGAAAGCCGUGAACUAUUAUUCGGUGACUUCCAAGAUGCCCCUAGCUCCUGUGGGCCCGUCCUCGUUUGUACUGCCAGGCUAUGGAUCCAACCACUUCGGAGGAGCAGCCCCUGCGCAGCGCAGCCCGGUGGGAUCCCUCCCCACGGGGAAGCCUAUGUUCCCACCCCACCUGGGGCCAAAGAUGCAGUACCAGCCUCCAGCCCCACCCUCCUCCUUGGCCGCCUCCUUCCCGCCGGGCCCCAGCGCCAGCCUCCUCUUCUCCCCCCACCCGCUUGGAGACGUGCCCCCCUUUCAUGAGGACCCCGUCCUGAAGAGCGGCGACUUCAACAGCUGGCCCGGCACCUACAACACCCAGUUCCCCCACCGCCACCGGGGCCCCAAGCCCUCCCCUUCCUCUGGGCCGGCCUCCUCCCCCUCCUCCUCCUCCGACGGCGAAGAGCACAACGGGGGCAGUGCCAACCACGUCUCCGAAGUGCUGCAGCCGAAGACUGGCUGGGAGGGGCCCGGUGCCGAGAAGCUGAACCAGGGCUGGGGGCAGGCUGGGGGCUCCGGCGACACCGACGGGCCCCUGGCUGGGCCCGAGCCCUCCAUCCCCUCGCUGCUUUCCAUGGCCACCCGAAACCACAUGGACAUAACCACCCCCCCGCUGCCCCCCGUCGCCCCCGAGGUCCUGCGGGUGGCUGAGCACCGGCACCGACGCGGCCUCAUGUACCCCUCCAUCUACCAUGUUCUUACCAAGGGCGAGAUCAAGCUCCCCGUGUGCAUCGAGGACGAGUGUAACACUGAGUUGCCUCCAGCCGCUGUCCUCUUCCGCGGCGCCCGCCAGCACGUCUACGGGGUGCUGUUCGGCGUGGCCGAGAACCAGCGCCGCGUGGAGCGCCUGGCCAUCCGCCGCCGCAUCCCCACGGAAGUGCCCCCUGUGAUCAUCAAGGAGUGGGCGGCGUACAAGGGGAAGUCCCCGCAGACGCCGGAGCUGGUCUCGGCCCUGGCCUUCCGCGAGUGGACCUGCCCCAACCUGCGGAAGCUGUGGCUGGGGAAGGCAGUGGAGGACAAGAACCGGCGCAUGAGGGCCUUCCUGGCCUGCCUGCGGGCCGACACGCCCGGCAUGCUGAACCCGGCCAACGUGCCCACGCACCUGCUGCUGAUGUGCUGUGUGCUGCGUUACAUGAUGCAGUGGCCCGGAGGGAGGACCCUUCAUCGGCACGAGCUGGACGUGUUCUUGGCUCAGGCGGUGUCCUCUCAGCUCUACGAGCCGGAUCAGCUGCAGGAGCUGAAGAUUGAGAAGCUGGAUGCCCGGGGCGUACAGCUGGCAGCCCUCUUCAUGAGUGGAGUAGAUACGGCUCUGUUUGCCAACGACGCCUGCGGGCAGCCGGUGCCCUGGGAACACUGCUGCCCCUGGAUCUACUUCGAUGGCAAACUCUUCCAGAGCAAGCUCAUCAAAGCCACCCGCGACAGGGCCCCCCUCAUUGACCUGUGUGACGGGCAGACGGAGCAGGCAGCCAAAGUGGAGAGGAUGAGACAGAGCAUCCUGGAGGGCGUGAACUUCAACCGCCAGGCCCCGCCCCCUCUGCUCCCGCCCCCUCCCUUUGUGCCUGCCAUGGCCGCGCCCUUCUAUUCGAUGCCCCUCUACCCCCGCACCACGGGCUCUGUGCUGCCGCCAACUCCUGGGAGGAGCAGGGGGUUCACAGGUCUCCACCCCAUCCCGCCUCAGGGGGGCAAGCUGGAGAUUGCCGGCAUGGUUGUCGGCCAGUGGGCGGGCAGUAAGCCCUCGCGGGGGCGGGGCUCCUUUGGGAUGCAGGUGGUGUCUGUCGGGGGGCCAGGGAAGGGACGCAAUCGAGACGGGUCUGGAAAACUCCCCAAAGGAAACAAGAAACUUAGCAAGCAGGGCUCGUUGGAGGGAGCAGCCAAAUCAGCAGAGUUGCAGAGGGGGCAGUCCCCGUCGCAGGUGAACGGGGGCGAGGAUUCGGGGGACGGUCCCUGCCCCCCGGCCCCAUCCCAAUGUGCCUUAGCCAGAGACGCUGACCCCUGCAGUGACGAGGGCCAGUACUGCGGGCGGCUGGCCCAGGAGGUGGAUCGCGGCCCCGAUACCAAGCUGCCCCUCCCGGCUCUGCAGAAGGAAGAGUGACGGGGGGGGGGGGACCUGAUUCGGGGGCGGGGCCAGGAGUGUGAAAGCCUCAGGGUACCAUGAGGACAGGGGGGUUGGAAAGGCAGCACCCCAGUGCAUUGUGGGGGAUCUCCUACGGCGCCCCAGUGCAUUGUGGGGGAUCGUCCCCUAAUAAAGGGAUGGUCUCCUACAGUGCCCCAGUGCAUUGUGGGAGGAUUUGUACCUGUUUUCCUACCCCCUGUCCCCUCCUGGCACCCACACCCACCCCCGAUCAUGCUGAUUGGCUCCACAACAUGGCGUAUUUUAUUAUUUUUUUAUUUUAAUAUUUGUGGGUGGGGAGUUGACGGUUUUUUAUGGUUUUUAACAUAUUAUAUAUACCCCUCCCCCGGCUCUUGUAGCGGGGGGUGGGGGGGGCGGGAGAAAUGCUAUUAAGUAUAGGGGGAGCCGUUCAAAGGAAGCCAGCCAGGAUGAAUGAAAGCGAGUGGGGAGGAGUGAUGUCGUGGUGCCCCCUGCCCUGCAACGCUGGGCGCCCUCCACUCCCCGGCACCCACAGCGCCCCUCGCUGCUCUGGGUGGAGCCCCAAAACAUCCCAGGGGUGGGGAGGCGGAUUUCCCCAAUAUUUGGCGGGUGCAGACGCCCCCAGCCCGUGUUCGUUUCGGGCGGCGCAGGGGCAAGUUCGGGGCAGAGGCGCAGAUGGCUGAAAUCCGCCCGUGCUUUGUACAGAGAGAAGAGAGAGAUUAUAUUUACAGAGACAGAUUCUAUAUAGAAACUACGUAUUUUGGGGGGAGGAAUUCCCAUGUCCCCAGCCGUAGCUCCAGAGCAGUCCGCGUCAGACCCAGGGGGGCAGGGGCAAUCGGGGGGGUCCCUCCGAAACCAGACUUCCGCGGAGUCCUCCCUCCUGGCCGCGGUUUCCAGCUGGGCUGGCCAAUGGAGGGUGGAGGAGGGGUUCAGGUUGGUGGGCAGGGAUUUUGAGGCUGGGGGGCUGUUAGGGUUUCUAUCCCAUGGGAGGGGAAUGCGGGGACUUGGAGGCUGACUGGUCGGGGAUGUAUUUGGUGUGGGGGGGACCUCCUUAAAGUCCUAUUCAAAUCUGGUGGAAAGGUUUUGUAUCCUAAUCCCCCCGACUCUAACUUCAGGCCGGGGGGCUGGUGGUGAAUUCCCAUCCUGGCCCCCCGGACGGCUCCUCUCCUGACCAAUCCACGCCCCUGUCGGCACGGGAAGGCUUGAAUUCCCCCAGAUCCAGGCAGAGACAUGGGGAUUUGGGGAACAGGGAGGGGGCAGGAAACAGGCCAAAUCUCGAUAAACUUUAUAUAUUAUUUUUCCCCCGCCUCGGGGGUGGGGGGAUGGGAGGAAAUUUAACGCCCCCUUUUGCGAUCGGGGGCACAGAACCCUUUUAUCCCUGACUGAUCCGCCAGCAAAGACUCCGGAAAACUCUCUCCGGACUCUGAUUACUUGAGCUUUCGAACCGAGGCCAAUUCCGAAUCCAACGCUCGGAAGACGCCCCCCGCCCGAGGCAGCUUGUCAGCAGGCGUCACCCUGUCGGUUUUUAUUACUUUAACCAUGUUUCAAAGUCAGGCUUCAGAUUAGGCGUCUCUGAGUGUCUGGAGACAAUCGGCCGUGUCUGCGAAUCGCGAAGGAGUCAAUCUGAAGCAUUUGGGGUUGGGAAUCUUUAGGGACAGACGCCUGGAAUUGCAAUCACUUUUAUUGCUGGAAUAACCCCCUUUUCGGGCGGGGGAGGGAAGAUAUGAUUUUAAGGACCCUCAGCAUUUUACAGAGCUCAUCCCAAUUCAGUGCAGCCAUUUUUCUCUUCUGAAAUCCAGAAAACUAAACCUGAAAUCACAGCCUCCCGAACUCCCUCCGCUAAACUCCCAGGGGGAAAUUCUGAAACGCAUCCAGCAGUCGGAAGAUUUGUAGUUUUUGCCGUCCCCGAGAUUUUAAACACGGAGUCGCUCUGGGGCGCGGAGAAGAGCCGUGGAAAUGAUUGGAGAGGCGUGAGCAGCCAGCGGGGUUCGGAAGGAGAUCGAGAGGGGACUGGAUUCUGCUGGAGAAGCUUGGCAGUCACGGUACUACAGGGCUCUUUAGUCUGGUGGAGACAGGCUGCUGAAAAGCAAGAGGCAGGAGGCUGAAGCCAGACCAAUACAAAUGGAAAAGAAGGGCCCAGUUCUUACCCAUCAGGUGAUUAACAGCUGGGACGAACUCCCAAUUGAGCUGGCCCGUUCUCCAGCUCUUGGGGUCUUCCCGUCCAGGUGAGAUUGUUUACGCCCCUCGCCAAGUGACAUAAACUACGCUGAAAACCACCGAGAUAAGCAUCCUGCCUGGCAGGGGUGUAGCGGUCUUGACUAGAUCGGCAGAGAGUCACCUUUUAGAUUUACACUGGAAAUAAAACGAGCGCAAAUCUCAACCUCGGAUGGGGGAUUUGAACUGAUCCGAGUUGGGGCCGCUGGCUCAGUUGGCUUUGCAGAAGCCUCUUUCUCGGCACCAUUCGGCAGAAUUGCAGAUUCCCCGUGCUGGAAAUCGCUCGUCCCUUGUGGAAAACCGUGGCCAGUUUCCUCGCCCCUUCCACAUCUGCUUUGGGGCCUCAGUUCCCACCCACGCUGCCUUUCCUGAUGUCGUGAGGUGCCCCGCAAACCCGACCGGAGGUAAGAAGAUCCCUUUCUUUCAUCGUUGGCAUUCAAGAAGCCUCGAUUGCCCCACCCAGCAAGGGACUUAGCUCCUCGAGGAACCACUGAGGAGAUGAUUUGGGAAUCCCGUCGUUGGAGGAUUUUAAGGACAGGUCAGACAAACCCCUGUCAGGGACGGUCUAGGUUUAUUUGUUCCUGCCUCCGUGUCGGGAGCUGGACUGGAUGACCUCUUGAGGUGCCUUCUGGCCCGUGGAGUCGGGCACCUUUGAGGAUCCGGGGCCUUGCUCGUGGCCUGGAAGACCCCGUGUUUCCGUGUCCAAGGCCAGAAGUCGAGUCUUGUGUAGGGCCGGGCGGUUUCACUGGGUCCGAGGAGAGAGAGAGAGAGCAGUUGUGAGGGGCCGCAGGGAAUCGAUUUAGGUGAGACGUGCCCAGAUGAUGCCAGCAGGCUCGGGCUGCAGUGGAAGAUGAAACUUCCCCAUUGCCAAUCUGUCGACGCUCAGCAGCUCCAAACACCUCAUCCGGGGUCCCGUCUCCAGCCGGGGCUGGUCCCAGCUGCUUCAGAGAAGGUGGAAAAGCCCCAGAAAAAUCCAUCAAAGCCCAGAGUCAUGUGUGUGAAAUUGCUGUUGGCUGAAGCGUGCGCGUGGCUUGCUGCGGGCGUCGUGUCUGGCAGCCGAGGGCAAUGGAAACCAGUGGACAAAGGCAGGAGGAGAGGUAUUUCCUCCCAGGUUCAGCCCUGCGAGUGAGCGGUGGAAUCGGGAGGACACACAUCUCUCUCAGCCGUCAGGCUGGCUGCAGGACUGACUGGUGAAAGUUGCUGGCCUCGUGUGCUGGAGCUCGGCUCGGCCAGUCCUUCAUAUGAACCUGGAACAUAUUGGAGGCUUUGGGAUUGUGCUGCUAAAUUUCUCCAUGGUUUUUUUCCUUAUCUGGGUGAAACACUUUAUGACUAGCAUGGAGCCCAUUUCCCCUGCUGGUGUCAAUUGGGGAUUCCCACAGCUGGGGGUCUGUCCCCAUUGACCCAACGGAGCUGCGGCCCAUUGACUCAAUGGUGCUAUGGCCCAUUG